GAUAAAAAAGAGCGUGGCCUGAGAAAAUUUGCACAAAUCGCACAAAAAGCCCCACAAACAAUUGCGAAAACAGUUGCAAAGUGUGUGGAAUGUUGUGCCACAGAAAGUGUAUACCAUAUUGAGCGCCACAGCGCAUACGUGGAUAGCGACGUGUGGCCGUUGAAGCAGCCGCGGCGGCCGAAAGGCGCAGACAACUAAAAUAACAAACCGACGGGGUGCUCGUGUGUGUGCUGCAAAUGGCAGGCGAUUGUUUCAACACAAUUGUAUAACGUUGUAGAAGACAAUAAUAAUAACAGUACACUAAAUAAGUCGCAGCAUAUAAUUUCUCUAUCUCUCCUUCUCUCGAAUACCAACAAAAAGCAAGGCAAGUAAAUAUAAUGCAUUUGAACCAUGCGACGGCGGCGACAGCUGCGAUGGCCAAUUAUCAGCACUAUGCGCCCUCCCAGCUAGCCACGCAUGGCGGCGGAGGGGGUAGCGGUUCCGGCAUCGGUCCAAAUGGCUUGCAACAGCCGACGACCAUAGCGAGCCUGCAACAAGGUCCUUUUGCAUUGCAUCAAUUGACCGCCGUGCAGGCCAUCCAGCAUCCCACCCAUCAAGCCAUGUUGCAUCCGCAACAUCCGCUGGUGCAUCUGCUCGACAUCUCGACGACGACAACGAACAGUGGCGGCGGCAAUCAUACUCCCAUCUCGCCAAUGAAGCAGGAAGUGCAGAGCGUCAUCAGUGAGGAUGAGUCUGUGGUGGAUGAUCCGCGCAAGAAGAAACAGUGUCACGUGUGCAAGAAUAAGUUUCGGCAGUUGACGACGUUACGCAAUCACAUGAAAAUCCAUACGGACGAGCGUCCCUACAAGUGCAAGCACUGUGACAAGGCAUUCCGCCAAAUUUCGACGCUCACCAAUCACGUGAAGAUCCACACCGGCGAGAAGCCAUUCACGUGCAACAUUUGCGCCAAGGACUUCCGACAGCAGAGUACGCUCAUCAAUCACAUCAAGACGCAUAAGGCGGCUGAGUCGAGCACGCCGACGUCUUUACUCAAUUAUCAGCCGCCGUCCUCAUCCGGCAAGCAUAGCCGUAAAUCGCAGUCGAAUCAGAUGCACAAUGCCUACCAGCAGCAGCAUCAACAGCAGCAGCAGCGUGUACAAAUCUCAAAGACUCUAUACUCGGGCACGUACAGCUCGCCACAGGCGGAGGAGCUGGUGAAGCCGUAUCAGUGCAGUGUGUGCAAGCGACGAUUCCCACAGUUGAGUACGCUGCAUAAUCACGAGCGGACGCACAUCGAUCCCAAACCGUACAAGUGUGAGACAUGCGACAAGUCCUUCAGCCAACUGGCUACAUUGGCCAAUCACAAAAAGAUCCACACUGGCGAUAAGCCGUAUACGUGUUCCUACUGCCACAUGCAGUUCCGUCAGCAGUCGACGCUCACCAAUCACAUGAAGACGCACACACAUCUAGCCAGCAGCCAGCAGCAGCAGCAGCAGAACCCAACGACAGUCACAGCCACAGUGGAUCACUCAACCAUGCCAGCGCCCCUUGCACCGGGCACACAUCAGCUGACGAGCGGUCUACUACCGAAUAACCUGCACAGCACAACGCCCAAUAUUCUCCAAUUGGAUCAUCAUCCGUUGCUCCACUUUCUCGAUGGCAGCACAACGGUUAGCUCGGUCGUUGCAUCCAAUGUGGCAGCGGCGGCGGCAGCCGGUGUCAACACCAAAGUCGAACACUAUCAGGCGGUGCAGAGCGGCCGGAUGAGUGUGGGCAAUAUCAAUAUGCUCAAGGGUGACAAUCCGGAUCGGCCGUUUGGCUGUAGUGUCUGUCGUCGUUUCUUCUCACAGCAGAGCACCCUGGUUAAUCACAUUAAAACGCAUACGGGCGAGAAGCCGUACAAGUGCAAGAUCUGUGAGGUCAGUUUCCGGCAGGUGGCCACGCUCAAUAAUCACAUGAAGAUCCACACUGGUGAGAAGCCCUACAACUGUUCCUACUGUCCUAAGCAGUUUCGCCAGAAGAGUACGCUACAGAAUCAUCUAAGGGUGCACACGUGCUAGGUGGUUCCGUAUCAGCGUCAGUCCACCAACCACCACGUCGCCUGCUCCCAGCCUGCCCGCUCCCUUCAAGCAGCCAUUGAGGAAUAGUGCAAUAUGCAUUAGCACAUACAGUUAUACUAGAUACAGAAUUACAGUACGCAUACAUAACAUAACAUAUUACAUGCAUAUAUACAUAUACAUAUAUAUAUAUAUAUAUAUAUAUAUACAAAAAAAUAUAUAUAUGUAUAUAUAUAUUUGAAUAUAUACUCGAAAAACGUGUUAUUUACCUGCUGUGCAGAGCGCAAUUGUAUGUAAAAACUAUAUAGUAGAGCUGAUCCACAAUGCAUGUCCAACUGUAAAAUUAAGUCUAGACGUACGCGUACAUACAAAACAACAAACAAAAACAACCAGCAACAACAACAACACACACAAACACACACACGUAAUACAGGGUGUUUAAAACCUAUACCUAUACCUAAACAUAAACUAAACUCUAAUCUAAACCUACUUAUUAGCUUCAUAACUGUUGUCACCUAUCUACCUUAUCAAACUGUCCCCCAUCCCAAAACAAAGAAAAAAAAAACAACAAAAAAAAGAGGAAGAAAGCAUCAUUAUAGUUGCAGGACCGAGACUUUGACUCUCAGCUUCUCGUCGUGUUUAAGUGUUAAGAAGAAACGUAAUAUAUAUAUAUAUAUUCAUAUAUAUAUAUAUUACAAAAAUCUAGUUAUUGCUACUAUACUGUGUAAUCCAAUCCCAAUCCCUAAAUCCCUAUUCCCACCACCCCGCUAAGUGUAAGGCGUAAUCAGAAAAACAAAAACGGAAAACUAUUUAAAUAAGUGUAUUCUUAGCGCAUAUUUAGCAGCAUCUUUUACUCACACAUGACUAAAAAAGAAAAUAAAAAGAAAAAAAAACCGGAACGAUGAACAAUAUCGAGUCAGUCGCGUUAAUAAAUCCCAUAAAACCGGAUUGCUUAUAGAACAAAAAAAUAAUGAAUCGUAGAGAACGGAGAGACAAAAGUCCCUAUAUUAAGUGAAAAAUGUAAAACAGCUAAAAAUGGAAAAUAAAAAAAAAGUCGAGAAUG